AUGAUCGCAAAUCCUCUUUCCCUCUGCAAGCAAUGUCAAGAAACGAAUUGCCUGCCGCUGGAUCCAAAGAUCGUUUCAUGGCGAGUUCCAGUGGCAGAGGGGACUGCCCGACAGGAGCGACCCCGCGACGACAAGCAGGCCGUGCUGGCGGAGCCCCCGAUGUUGGUCCAGCUCGAGCAGGCCAUCGAAGCACAAUGCCAGGUGGGAGACCCACGGUGGAUGGCAUUGCUGGGUCAGUGGAUCCAGGCGGCAGCCUGUAUGCGCUGUGCUCUUGACGAGGCAAAAAAAGGGCGGAACCGCAAGCAUUUCUACUUUGCCAUCCCCUCAGCAUUUACCUCAGGAUGGGAUUGGACGGACCCCUGGGUCAAGGCCUUUGAGCAGCUGCCUGUGGCCAAGCGAGCCAAGUGUGGCCUAUGCUUCGACGGGAAAGGAUUUUCUUGGUCGCUUCGGGAGUUUAACCUGGCGGUUCAGGCGGUAUUUGCUAAGGCGUUUGAUAAGCCGGAGGAGUUGACCUUCUAUGCUGGGGCGCACCUUACCACGGAGCGGUGA